AUGUCUUUUCAGAACAAUGCCCGAAGAACCACAGGGGAAAAGGCUCUGAAAACCAUCUUGUUUUUCCAGAUGGGCAUUGGGGCUCUGGCCAAUGUCACCCUCUUCUUCCGUAACUUCUCUCUAGUCUGGCAUGGACACAAGCAGAGGCCUUCCCACAUGAUUCUCACCCACAUGGCUGUAGCCAAUCUCUUGGAUUUUGUCUCUGCCGGGAUUCCCUACAUGAAGGCAGCUUUUGUUUUGAGGAAGCCCCUGUCCAGUCUUGGGUGUAAAUUUGUAUAUUAUAUACACAGAGUGGCUCGCCACACCACCAUGUGCUCCACCUGCAUCCUGAGCACCUAUCGGUUCCUCACACUCAUCCCGGGGAGGAUGGUGUGGACCAUGCUCAGAGGACAAGCCCCCAAGGUCAUUCAUCCUUCCUGUUGCAUCUGCUGGAUGUUCAGUAUCUUCCUGAAUACCUAUGUUCCCGUGAACAUCACUGAUGCACAGCACAUGGGAAAUAGUACUGACACCCAAGGGAAGUGGUUCUGCUCAUCCUUGGAUCCCAGUGCAAACACAGUCAUCCUGUGGAUUGCUGUGGAUGCCAUGUUUAUUGGCCUCAUGGUCUGGUCCAGUGGUUCCAUGGUGCUGCUCCUGCACAGGCACCACCAGAGAGUGCGGUAUAUUCACACCCCCAACAGCUCCCACAGACACCACCUGGAGACCAGAGCUGCCCACACCGUCCUGUUGCUGGUGGCCACCUUCGUCAGCUUUUAUGUGCUGAAUUCCAUUGUCACUUUUUAUGUUGCUGCCUUUUUAGAUUUCCAUCUGUGGUUGAUACAGACCUCUAGUAUUUUGGCUUUAUGUUUCCCUGCUUUUAGCCCCUUCCUGCUGAUCCUUCACAACCCUGGGCCUCCUAGGUCCUGCUCUUGA